AUGCGGAUGCGAUGGCAUCGUUUACUUGGUCAACUAAGACGUCAGCGUGCAGCAAAGUGUAUUGCUAAAGCUGUUUGUAACUGGUUCGGCGUCAAAGGGAGACGUGAAGCUGCACGAGUUAAGCUGGUUAAUGAGUGGAUGUUACUGGUACAACGCGAGAAUGAACGUUCGCGCUGUGCUGCUGUGCUUAUCCAAAAACAAUUACGAAGGUGGAUCCAGCAACGCAAGUAUCUCAUGGCUCAAGCUAGACGUAAGAAAUUUGCUAGACGGACUCGACUUGCAGAGAAAACUCGUAAAAUGGAGCAAUUGCAGCAGAAAAAUUCAGGAUGGCUGGGUGUGGACAAGAGAACGCUUGAAGCAGGGAGUUCGCCUACUCGAAUAAUAACACUACUGAAGCCAAACCAACUUAAGGAGUAUGAUAAUUCUAAAGGUAUUCAUAAGACUGAGGUGAAGGCAGCGAUAGUCAUUCGAUGUUGUUAUCGUCGAUAUCGCACAAGACGACGAGUCCAGUUGAAAAAGUGGAGGAAUGAAGCAUACAAAGUGGAUAUCCGUGUACUAAGGAGACACAAAGCAGCUACAGAGAUCCAGCGACGUAUUCGUGGUAUUCAUGGCAGAAAAAUCGCUCGACAGCGUCGCGCUGAGCGUCUUCUUCUGCGUUUCGUUCUCCAAUGGCAAUGGAGACGCCUUCAAAAGCGUCAACUUGCUGCACGUAGAAUUGGUCGCUGGUUCAAACACAAGAGAACAAAACGUCUUGCUAAACUUUGGCGUAUUGAAAAGCAAAAGCGACUGGCAGAUUCCACUCGAAUACAACAAUGGUAUCGUGUUCGCUGUUUGUUACCAUCACGGUUGAGGUGUGUUCUGCAGAUCGUCAGAAGACGGGACGAGACGCUGGUCUUCUGUGAUCAAAGCCUCCGACUGUGUAAACAACACAUGGCUGAUGAAUUCGUAGUCCAGUCGUUCAAUUCCAGUCUUGAAGACGCCUUACGUCCACUUCUAUCUAACACAUCACGGUCGCCUACCAGAUCGAAAACCUCACCAACAAAGCAAAAGGUGGCAAGUGGCAAGCACUACCCUAAUGUCGUGAAAUUCCCGCUUCUUCAAAUGAUGUUCUUGGUUGCAAGUGGUUGGAAAAUGCCAUUUGUAUGGCGCGAAUUGGAUGGGAAAACAUUGUUUCUAACCAAACUGGAACGUACUAAAGCUGUUUCGUUCUUUCGGUCGCUCACCAAGCACAGAAACCCAGUAGCUCAUCAGAUCCAACUAACUCCCGGUGUUGAAACUAAGUCUCCUACUCGUCGCAAAAAGCCUGCUAAAGGAUCACCAACCAAAGGAUCAAGAGGAGUGGAAACAUUCUCGUCCGUGGAUGUUGAUGUAGCAGUGGCAAGAGCCACUGGAGGAGCGAAAGGAGCUCUAGAUUUUGCGUCAUUCGUGCGGGUUAUAGGACAACUGGGUGAGAUCUCACUAGCCCAGAGUGCGUCUGGGUACUGGGGUCGAUUCGAUGGUACUGAAGCGUGUGUGUUGGCUUUAUCAUGGAAUUCUCUGCUGUCGCACUCGUCGAUGCAGCCUUUAACACUUCAGUUUGAAACCUUCGUCUCGGACGAAUUAUCUCGCCACGCCUUAUACCUUCAAAAACUUUUCGCUUGGCAGCAUUAUAAAUUACGGGGUAAAGUAAUUCUCGUUGAAAUGAGGCGUAGUCUACGCAAUCAGGAACUCUCUCGCGCUGCUGUGGUGAUUCAAACUCAGGCUCGAAAACUAUUAGCACGACGUGAACUACGACGCCGGAUGCAAGAAACGUACGAGAAAUUCUUGGAUCCAACGUGGGGCUUACCCUACUGGAUGAAUCCUCGCUCCGGUUACUCAACAUGGCAGAAGCCAAGAGUCUUGGGAGCUCAAGAUGUUCAAUAUGAACCUGUACCAUUUCCUCCUCCUGAACGCACGCUGAAAGCCCCUUGUAAUGGACGUAAAGACUGUGAACGAUGCGCUGAGUGGGUAUGCUACGACUGUGAUGAAUACUUCUGUCUUCAGUGCUUUACGGAGUAUCAUAAAGCUAAGGUUAUCCCCAAUACUACUGAACAUUCGAAGGAUAAUAGCCUUAAGAGUAUUGAGUCACCGAAUGAAAGUGAACAAGAUGAUGAUACGCAGUCAUCUAUCAAGCGUGAACAUGAGCUGGAGCGUCUUUUACUGUGUGGACUGUGUAAAUUCCAGCUCGCGUCACGCCGUUGUCUCGACUGUAUUCCAAACCCUAAAUCGAAACCAUCGGUAAACCCUAAUUCGUCAGAUUUCGGGAAGAAGCAGAAGGAGGCCAAAUCUAUUGAAGCUACCAACAACAGUGAUGAAGAGCAGCUUAGAAAUGAAUCAUUGUUCUGUGACGUGUGCUUCGGAUUCUUACAUCGUCGCGGUGGUCUUAAAACCCACCGCACGGAGCCUCUUCUUGAACUCUGCACAUCUUGUGUCCCUGACGAUGAAGACGACAAACGCACUGCCUUACAUCAGUCAGUUUUCAGCAUUAUUGGCGCUGGUGAUGCCGUUCAAUGGGAAUGUGAAGCGUGUGGAGAUUCUCCUCGUCGAGUGUGUGGGCGUUGUGCUCUUCAGUCCCAUCCAAAAGAAAGUUGUGGCGAACUUCGACCGGUGCCACUACAAACAUUGGGCCGACAACAGCGAACCAAGCGACUUCGUGAAGAGCAAGAAGCUCGAGAUCGUGCUGAUCUGGAUAAAAUGCGUGCUAGAGCCUUACGAGCUCGGCAAGAGCGGUGUGUUCGAAAGAUACAGACAUUUUGGUGCUCUCAAGCUCCAAUUCUUCGAGCGAGACGUCUUGCGGCUGCUCGACGCAAAUACAUUAGUGAACAAUGGCUGCGUCGCCAGGAAGAUGCUCGACUAGCGAAACGAAUAGCAUAUCGAGCAAAAAAUGCCUUUGGAAUGGCUUCGCCUCUGAAAUCUGAUACUCCAGUGGAGCGACGACUGCGUAGUUUACAUGUUUUGGCACGUCGACAAUUGUCCAUUCGUGCGAGGUUCUUUGGACUGCUUAUCGAAGAAUAUGCGACUGUGGGGGUUCCAUUGCCAGGAAUUGGUUUGCUCUAUCCAGGAUCGAAUGAAAUUUGGACUAGUGAAGACCUUCGGGGAUGGAUACGCAAUCGACAAACUAUAAGGUUUAAAAGGCUAACUACGCAACAAUCGCAGCCUGCAGAGAGAGCGCUGUGUGCAUGGAGACAACUGGAACAAUGGGGCAAAGAAGAAAGUGAACUCGAUGUAUCUGAUGAAAUAGAGAAGGGUAUAGAAAUUCAGUCUGAAACUACAGAUACGACGUGGCUGGCGGAGGUUCAUCCAAAACAAGCAAUUACUGAAAGUAUCAUUCCCUUAGCACUGCCGUAUGGCCCAGUGUUGCCCAAAAAGGAGCGACGGAAGGCAGAUGAAGAUGUGGUGGAGGAUGUACCGGUAGCAAUGUUUCUUGUGGAGUUCUCACUGGAUCCAAAGCGAACCGUGUGGAUUAAUCACUCGCUCGCUGAGCGAUUCUGGGAGUGGAAAAGGCUGAAGCUGCUGGCUCGAAGUGAGAGGGCAGCACAGCGCCAGCGAGCGAAGGAAUACGAGAAACAGCAGAAAGAGAAUGAGGAAAAGCGAAAGCAGGAGGACGAGAUGAAACGCGAGGACACGGCCAUUGUAGUUGACAUCCAAGAUCCAGUUCCGAGUGAUGAAGCUUACGGAGGCAUUGACCAAGCGUCAAAUGUUGCUGCUUUAGAGCAAACGUGGCCUGCACCAACUCAAACGUGGACGACGAAUGAAACGGUUAUGGAUCUUUACCACAACUACAAUUCCUACCCUUCAGCUAAUCCUUCCGAGACUACUGCUACUUGGACGGGAUACGAUGGGUACUCAACAGCAUAUCCAACUGGCUAUGACUAUGGGUAUGACUCUAGUUUAGUAGAGUCAUAUUCGCCUGCACUGGACGAAGGAGCAGUGGGUCUCGUUGAUAGUGGGAACUAUUACGCCAAUGGAGAAUACAUUGGUGGCGGUAACGAUGCGGACACUUCGAACUGGUACGGAACAGAGUACAGCACCUAUGACAUGUCCAACUACAGUCAAAUGCCAACCGACUAUGGCUACACGAAUGACAGUAACAACGGUGCAUAUUCAGCCUACGACUCUGCCGCGGGCUGUGCCGAGUCGCAACCAUCGGUCGACCCCAACGCCACUUGGUACGCGAAUGGGGGAGACUCCAACUAUAAUUCAACAGAUCAAUGGCAGCAAAACUACUACUCUCAAGCUCAAGAGCAGGAUCAAGCAUCGGAUAGUUAUCCCGGUGCAGCGAGCAGCUCUUCGUACGACGUCAACGGCUCUAACUACAGCAUCGAAAUGCCCUCAGCAGAUAGCUACUAUUAUCCUAACGGAGAAGAUCAGACAUACUCCACCCCGCAGUCCAGCAUUGCCACUCAAUGGGAGGAAGUGUUCGACCCCACCACGCAGCAGACAUACUAUGUCAACCGAGUGACCAACGAGACAGCAUGGUUGAUCCCACCGUAA